UUGGUUAUAAACUCCUCCCCAUCUGGUGCUGCAACAAUGAGUGGGAAAUCCUUGCUCUUAAAGGUUAUUCUCUUGGGUGAUGGUGGAGUUGGGAAAAGCUCACUUAUGAACCGUUAUGUAACCAAUAAAUUUGACUCCCAGGCUUUUCACACCAUAGGGGUAGAGUUCUUAAAUCGAGAUCUGGAGGUAGAUGGACGUUUUGUAACUCUCCAGAUCUGGGACACUGCAGGGCAGGAGCGUUUCAAGAGCCUUAGGACACCCUUCUACAGGGGAGCAGACUGCUGCCUCUUGACCUUCAGCGUGGAUGACCGGCAGAGCUUUGAGAACCUUGGUAACUGGCAGAAAGAAUUCAUCUACUAUGCUGAUGUGAAAGACCCUGAGCACUUCCCCUUUGUAGUUCUUGGUAACAAGGUAGACAAAGAGGAUAGGCAAGUGACUACUGAGGAGGCACAAACCUGGUGCAUGGAGAAUGGGGAUUACCCUUAUCUAGAAACAAGUGCCAAAGAUGAUACUAAUGUGACAGUGGCCUUUGAAGAAGCUGUCAGGCAGGUGUUGGCUGUAGAGGAACAGCUGGAACAUUGCAUGUUAGGUCACACUAUUGACUUGAACAGUGGCUCCAAAGCAGGAUCUUCAUGCUGUUAAAAGUAGGAAGCCUUUUAAAAGUGUGCCCCAAAUUGUUCAGUCAAUAGUGUCAGAAUAACUAUGCCCCUCUAAGAGUGCACACACACGUAAAAGGGUAAGAUAGAAGGUUGUGGUUGUAUGUCAGAGCCUUUCAAAUUGAGGUUGUAGAGUGAUUUAAAAAAAAAAAAAAAGCUUUGUCAAGCCAAGUGUAUUUUUUGUGAUUUCUUCUGUUUCCUUCUUGUGUGUAUGAGGGCAUUUCAGAAAGCUUUGGUCCUGAGAGAUUUAAGUAUUUUUCAAAUUGCAAUUUAAACUUAGAACCCAAUAGCAUGAAGGAGUUAAAGAGCUACAGCUGUCCCUUAAAGUAUUCCAUUAGUCAACUAACAAAUGUCACCAUGAACUCUUGGCAAGCAGUUUCUGACAUUUCUGCCACAGGAAAAAAAAAUAAGACUCUUGAGCUGUGUCACAAUGAAAAAAUAAUAAUGCAAACAAGGAUGUCCUAAGCUUAAAUUAUAAAAAGGUUGUAAUAAUUUGUAUUGUAAGAGUAUAAUGAUGUACACUGCCUUGUUUAAGUCCUUAUAUGUGAUUUGUUACCAUGUGGGCUUUUCAAAAAGUAUAUCAAUAAGAGAUACACUGAUGGCACUGGAACUUGAUUAUACUCUUUGUGUUUGAAGUAACAUGGUACUAGUGAAUGGAUUAUGCUUAAAUAUGCCCACCACUCUUGCAAAUAAAUGGUUGGUCUGCUUUUACUUCAUAAGUCUCCUUUUGCUGCAUAGGGAUGUUGCUUCUCUGACAACCUCUUAUCAAUUUAGCAAUGCUGCUUAGUAUAUGACUUUGGAUGCAGUACUGUCUGCUGAUAAUUUUGAUGGUCCUUUGGUCCACCAUGCUCUGUUCUCAGAGAAACCUUCAGAAAAGAGUGGGGAGUGGAUGGGUAAUGAGCUUUUCUCACAAGGUUCCUUAACUCAAAUACUGAUUGUAGAAGGAACUAAUACCUUGUAUGUUUCACUGUAUGUUCAGCUUGACAAACUAGGAUGUUGAAAGUAACAAGAGAGCCGACUUUAACCAGUGAUGGAAUGAAUUUCUCACAGAGUUGUCCCACAGUGGAAUGGACUGCCUUAAUAGUGAACUCCCUUCCAAUGAAAAUAUUCAAG